AUGUCUGCGAAACUCAUCCCUCAAAACCCGUCGGAUGUGAUGGUCAUCCGCAACAUCACGCCAAAUGUCGUCACCCUUUCAGUACCAUUUGCCAGAUUCGGCGUCAUCAAGGUUGGAGGCAGAGCCACAAUAGUAAAACUCACAUCAGGGGCUCUCGCCGUGUUCUCUCCGGUGGCUCUCACGCCCGAGGUCAAGGCCAAGCUCACCGAGCUGGGCGGCAACCUGCAGUACAUCAUCGCCCCGGACAUCGAGCACCACAUCUUCGUGUCCGACUGGGCCAGGGAGUUCCCCUCGGCCAAGAUCAUCGGGCCCGAGGGCCUGCCGGAGAAGCGGCUCAAGAUGACCGACGAGAAAGUCGGCAAGGAGAGCUUCACGCACGUCUUCGAGGCGGCGCACAAGCGCGACUUCACCAUCACGCCCGAGUUCGACGCCGACUUCGAGUACGAGUACGUCGACGCGCACGCCAACAAGGAGCUCGUCUUCUUCUACCGGCCCGACCGGGUGCUCAUCGAGGCCGAUCUCAUGUUCAACCUGCCCGCCAAGGAGCAGUACUCGCGCGUGCCCGGCGAGGACGCGGUCGAGAAGCCCGGCCUGGCCACCCGUGUCUUUGGCAGCCUGCAGACCACGCAGGGCGACGCCAAGGGCACCAAGCGCUUCAUCUGGUACGUGCUGUCCGCCAAGGACCGGGCGGGGUUCAAUGAGAGCGUCAGGCGCAUACACUCGUGGGACUUCAAGACUAUCAUCCCCUGUCACGGCGAUACUAUGGAGGGCAAUGGCAAGGAGCUGUUUGAGAAGAUCUUUGAAUGGCAUCUCAAGGGCAAGAAAUAG